AUGUUAAUAGCUGGCAGGAACCGGCAAGCUCAGCGAACCGGUCAAUACAUGGAGACGAGCACCCACUCCAACGCCAAGGAUCUGAAGGAGCAACGCCUUCUCCAUACUCAAGCCAAUAUCGCUCGCAUCAACACCCGAUCUCGGACUACAACACAGGACAACUACGACUCUGCUCGAUCAUCACCUCCAGAGACGAUCUACGUACAUACGUCGCAAGGAGAGAAACCGAUGACGUCAGGAGAGACUUCAACCGUGAAAGGAGAGACCAUCCAACCAACAAUGACGGACCGAGAGAGGUAA